GUCUUCUUCCUUUUACUUUUUAAUGGGUUGUAAGUCGUAACCCGCGAGUAGCCGGCAAUUACUCGUAAAUCUUUUAAUUAAGCCGACGAGAAGCAAAUUCACUUCCUCGCCCGACCCGCAUCGUAUCUUCAAAGAUCGAAUCGUUCCUGAAUUGGACGAUUAUACGAUUGGAAUCCACGUUUUUACCUUCAAUUCCGGAUCUUUGCUGCGAUUCAGAUCUUUCCAGGUAACCUGCCGCAUUUUAAUUGAUGACAAGUCAAAUUCUAGGCGGAAAAAGCUAGGCAACCAAUUUGGCAUCCCCAAUAUCUCACCCACACGCCUGGGCGUCGCCUAGGCGACGCCUUGAUAACAAUGCAUACGAGGAAGUAUUGACUAUUGUACAUAGGUUUUGUUCAUCUUUUAUUUUUUAAAUGUGCUUUUUAUUGUGGUUUUCAUAAGGGAAGCAAAUAACUUUCAUACACAUUGGGUUGACGCACUAACUUAGCACAUCUCCUUCGAGAUGUUCGAAGCUGUACAACAGGUCCUUGGCGUCCCAUUUGGAUCGUACUUUGAGGUGCGUGCUAUGCUUGUUUUUAAUCUCUAUUUGUGUAUUUGCUUAAAAUUACAUAUUCUUUUGAGUUAUUGUGGUUUACUAGCAUCUAACUUUCAUGGUUGUGCUUUGAGAACUGAAAAUUCUCAAAAUCUAGACAACAAGAAUUUACAAUUCAAAAUGAAAUACAUUUGGCCAGUCUUUUCCAUAGUUGAUUCAUGAACACAUUGGAGUUAAGAUUAAGAUCUGGAUGACCUUGAAGGGGCAUACAAAUUGUAAGAUUGUACAACACACAUGUAGAUAUUGAUUGUAAGGUGGGUAGGAGAUGAAAGUUUUGAAGUGCAAAGUGAAAGUGCAGCACAAGAUAUUGUUGUGUGCAUAAAUUAAAAACAGAGGAUGCGAUAAACAAAGACAAAACUGCAGCAUUGAAGAGCAAAGUCAAAGUGCAGCAAAAGACUUCUAAAGUCCCUUGUUCCUAGAUAGCCACUAUAUUGGAAGAGUUUUCUUCUUUAAAGGUUUGCUUAUUGCAAUUCUUUGCUCCAAGUUAGAACUCUUGCUGAUAAUGACACGAGUUAUCUUUUCCCUAAAUAAGUGUAGUUUCAUGCUGGAUUGGGAUCAAUAAAAUUUAUAUUUGGGAAAUGCCGCCAUUUUUUUUCUCCUCCGUCUCCAAACGCCAUCCCAUCAUCUUCAACCUACGCCUCUGUUUGCCGCGGAUGAGAACGGGAGGAGAAUCGCUGGAUCUUCGCCGAAGUCUACAUCAAUCAAUUUGGGUUAAUUUAAUUUGUCAAUUCGUUUGAGACCCGCACAGAGAGAAAAAGAACUAACUAUUCAAAAUUCCAGAUCUUCUUCAGAAGUUUCGGAUCUUCACUGUCCAGGUAUCCUAAUUUUAUCAGAUUCAACCUUUUUACACUGAAAUAUAGUAUGCUCUACAUAUAUUGAUAUAUAUAUGCCAUAUCGUGGAAUCUGACUUGUGUUUGGGUACUAUUAUCCCCUAUUUUUUUUCUCUUCGAAAUGAUUUUUUUAUGUGAACUGAUUUUGAGGGAGGGAUUGGUUGUGUAUAACCCACGAUUUUUCUUUGAGGAAAUUGCCCUUUAUUUUAAUAAAGGAGGAGUUCUUUUAUUUUACGCCUUUGCAUAUGUUGCUUCUGUUUUGAGGUUGAAUUUGAUUUUAAAUCAAACACAGUAGCUGUUUAAUACGAAGUAUAUCCAAAAUCUCCUCUGAAAUUGAAGGCUGAAUUUUAAAUAUCACAGCCUUGACAAUUCUCAAUACACUUAUACGAAUAAUCAUGAAACUAAAGCAUUUUAAUAGCUGCAAUUUUUUCUCUCUUUCUUUUCGACAUGUGCAACUUUUAAAUCUUAUGCCAUCCUAAAGCCAAAUCAAUAAUCAAAAUACUCCUCAAAUUUUUGAUAAAUUUUCAACGUGCCAUGCUGAGUAUGUUACUUAAGUGCAGAAACGGUCCACUAUAUUGCUAUAAAUUUUGGGCAAUGACCCCCACUAUUUUUUUUUUUUCACUGAAAACUUCCAGUAUGUUUUUCAAAGUGCAUUUAUUCCAUGUGUGAUCUAUCUUUUACACGUGGAUGCUUAAACAUGAUCAUUUUAUUUUGAAUUUGAAUGAAUGAUCACCAAUCCUCAUGAUUUCAUGCAUAUUGUUCAAUUUCAACUUUUGGCAUGCUCCUCUAUAUAUGUCCAGGUCAUUGAUAAUCCAGUAGAUGGAUGGCCUUUAAAAUAUACACUAUGUAUCUUUUCAAGAAAAUGAUGGGAUGCAAAGCUAUUUGUAUAAAAAAAAAAAAAUUACCCUACACCUUUUUUUCUAACACUAAUGAAGGUGUAUAAUUUUUUUUAAUGAGAUAUGACGGUUUUUGGCUGUGAAGAUGUUCAAAGUCUUUUUUUCAAACUAUUGAAAUUUAACAUAGAAAAUCAACAUGAAAGUUAUAUUUUUUUUCUCGAAAGAGAAAAUGAUGAACCAUUAGUUCUUGGUCAUAUACCUAUAAAUCUUAAACGGUUGCAUCUUAAGGUUGUGAUUGUACACAAACAUUAAUACAUGUGUUCAUGUGAAAAAGAAUAAAUAUUUUAUUACUUGAUCUCAAAUGUGAUAAAUACUUUUGUUGAUUCGUGUAUAUGAGAAAUACAAAGUAUAUGACAUAUAAAAGAGGACUUCAAUUGAAGUGUCAAAUUUUAUCCUCAAAGUAAAUCAAAUUUGAUAUUUAUUCCAAAGUUCAUAAUCUCUCAAAGAGAAUAACAAAAUAGAUAUUUUUUUUAGACAUGCAUUAUUUACCAUUUUCCAGAAAUACCAGUGGAAAUGAAUAUUACGUGGCACUUGAUCGAGAUUUUUUUAUUCACGUAAACCAAAAGUUUAUUGAACUAAUUUUUUUAUUUUAAACAUAACCAAUUAAAUUAUCACGAUUUAGUUUGUGAUGUGAAAAAAAAACAUUAAGAACUCAAGUGAGUACUAUUUGAAGGACUAGAAGUUUCUGUUAUUACUAGGACCAGAAGAUCCUAUAGUCUUGUUCUCAUUAGAAGAUUAUUAUGAGAUUAUUACUAAUGAAACUUGAGAUUCAUUUCAUACAUAUUUAGAAAUUGUUCAAGGAUAAUUGAUUGGGCCCAUCAACUAUUCGUGAUGACAAUUUAUAUGUUUUAUAUAAUGCAUCGUUAUAUUUGUCAUAUUUGUUGACAAUUAACUCGCCUAUUUCACUAUCUACUUUCAUGAGCAAGAUUAAUACUAGAAUACUUGCUAACAGGCUUCAUAAGCUUCUUCCUAAGCUCAUCUCAGUGGAGCAGAGUGGUUUCCAAAAAGGCAAAGGGGUUGAUGAGCAAAUUCUCCUUGUAGAAGAGAUGGUUCACAAGCUGGACAAAAAGGAAAAGCUUACUGACUCUACCAUUAGAAAGAGGAUUUGCAGAAUCAAUUCCUCAGCUGAAGAUCUUAUGGGGGACAUACUACCUGAGGAAGAUGAAGAUGGUCAAAUUGAAGUGGUGCCUAUUUCUCUCAAACAAGCUUUCAAUCACAGCAGAACCCAUUCAAACUAUCCUAUCAGUGAUAAAUACAAUUGGGAUAACCUGCAGAUUCCCAAAAUUCAGCUCUUUCUCUGGAAGCUUAACUACAAUCUCCUACCUUUCCCGGAGAAUUACACUCAUAUCUACACCUCUCUCCCUUCCCAGUGUAUAUUCUGCCUUAAAGAUGAUGGUAACAUAGAUCACAGUCUUCUCCAUUGUCCACUGAUCAUGCCCAUCUGGGAGAGAAUGGCUCUCCUUUUGGAUGGUCCUAACCCUACUCCAGGAUUGCUUUAUUGUGGUUUUGUUGUGUAUGGAGACGAUCCAGUGGGAUCCUUCUUUUUCUCCUUUGAUGACCUGGGAAAGCCACGUGCAGGCUUCGGACAUCUUUAUGCUUGCAAUUUAAGCCCCAUCACAUUGCAGCAGGUGCCAUUUUUCUUGCCGCCAAGUUUCUCAGUUAAGCUUCCACAUGACGAUGAGAAGGUUUGGUGGCAGGAGUUUGAUGUCACCCCACGUCAAUUGGAGGAGGUAAGCAACCAAAUGCUUGAACUAUAUGAACAGAAGUCUCUUGCCAGUGAAGCAGAAGAGUGUGCUGAUGUUGUGGGUACUCAGAGACCAACAAAUCCGUCCGGUGCAAAUGAAGACCCUAACCCAAACAGGAAUAGCUCUCACAGGGGCACUGCUACAUCAUCAAAGACCGGGACCUCCAAAGCCUCCUCACAAAAGCCAAUCUCCUAUCAUUCGCUUCCUAAUAAUCAUGGUAGGGCUGGUCAAAACUGUGACAAUGACCAUGCAAGUUCUGAAAAAAACAUAACAUACCCAUCCAGCAAUGCUGGUGAGGCUAGUGAUAAGCAGAACGAUGAAAGUGGUGAAGAGAAGACAAAACAAAUGAAGGAGAAGCUGGAUGGCGGCAAGGUGAAAGCAGCACUUGAGAGGAGCAGGAAAUCCCGUGGGGGCACAACUAGGAAGGCCGAUGUUUUGGACGACGGUGACCUCAUCGAGAGAGAAUUGGAGGACGGAAUAGUAAUAGAUGCUGAGAAGAGCAAGUGGGAGAGAAGACAGAGUUGGUCCAAGUCAUCAAGCGGGCUAGAGCACGACCAAAGAAUGAUGACAAAAGGGGCGGUGCAGCCCUUGCAAAAGGAGAACGAUAAUUUGGAAGAAGGGGAAUUGGAUCCUUAUGGGGAUACCGUCGCUCACAAGGGGGCCCACCAUUCACCCAAGUCUGCUAACCCUAAGAGAAAGGCAAGUCCACUCCUGCAGAGGGAGGGAAAGCAUCGCCACCGCGACAUCAUCUAUCCACAGUCACUCGCACCACGACUUCCCGGAGGGCAGAAAUAGGGGGGCCUCUGGGUGGGAGACUCGGUGACUAAUUCAAAAGGCACCCCCAUCAGAAUCACGCGUAAGAAGUUCUCCU